CGAGGAAGGAAGGGUGUUAUGUUUAUUCUACGUGUGGGAGGGAUGUUCAGACAUGGUCCAGUACCGCAACUCAAGCUAUCGGAAAAACGCCAGAACCCGUACACUUUUCAAGUGACCUGCGUCGCUUCAAGCUUACUCUCUGUUCGAAUAUAAAUGCCAGGAUGGCGCGUAUGUAUCACACGAUGGAUCUUCUCGUUCUGAUCUUCAUUCUCUUUAUCAAAUCAAAUUGGAGUUUUGAAGUGGAGUCAAUGGCGGGUGUACUGGGAGGGAAUGAUAAUUUGAAAAAAACGAAGCGGCACGAUGAUAUUGGUUAUUUGGAACAAUGCGGCGUUUUACAUGCUUGGCCUGAAAAGUCAGAGCGGGUACAAGUUCUUGCGUUUUUGGAUGCUUCCUGGUCACCCAGUCACACUCAAGCUGCCAUGUUGAAACAAUUAAAAGAUCGUCUGGAAAGAUCAAAUAUAUCUGGCAUUGACUUUUUCGCAAUCAACGCAGCAUUCGCGAUAGCGCCGUCUACGGAGAAAUCGCCGUUUGAGAAUUCUGAAUGGGAUGAUAUCGCCGCAGCUGCACAGGUCAAAAAACAGGAAAUGUCUAUAUAUGAAGCGUUGACGGAGAAUAUCGUUACAUUAAUUCAACCAGACAUUAAAUUCAUCCAAGAUACUCCAGAACUUCAAAUUUGGGAUAAGUUGAAAGUCUCUAGAAAUCAGAUAUUAGUGAUAGAUCAAUGUGGGAGACUAACAUAUCAAGUUAUAGUACCGUGGAGUAUUCUGCAAUUCCCAUAUGUGAAAGCUGCCAUAUUAUCAACAUAUAUGGAUCAACCAUGUGGACCGUGCGACGUAGUGUCAUCAAGUACGGUGGGCGCCGAUUUAGUUGAGGGAACGACUGUGGAUGAUACCAAUAGUCACAGAAUAUAUAUGUUAAAUGAAAAUCCUAGCAGUCUUGAAGAUAAUCAAAAUGCUUCCAAGAGUACAAUGAAGGUUUUAAAUGACAAUACAACUGAUGAGAAAAUAAUGAAUGACAGUACCAUAGAAAAGCAAUCGACUACACAAUACAGUAUAAAUGAAAUGUUGUUAACUACCGUACUGCCCACUGGAAGUUUUGAAACUGAAAACUCAGAAUUUACCGAUAACAAAUCAAUGGAUAUGACUACUACUAUUUCCAGUACCGUUGAUUAUCCUGAAGCUAAAAUCAAAUAUGAUACCACGACGGAAUAUUAUGUGUCUAAAACUACCAAAGUAUAUACGGAACAUUUUAAUGUAACAAAUAAUGAUGUUAAAAACGUUACAGAGAGUACUGCUUUUACUGAAAUCGUCGAUGGAAAUAUAAAAACUGUAGCAAACAGUCAUUCCAUUUAUGACGACACAGAUAAUCUUGAGCAACGUAUUAGAACAGAUCCGAUGAAUAUAGUGGUGCCAUUUAAAAUGGAUGAUAUGGGUAAUGUCUAUGGGGAUGAAGCUCGUAAUCAGGAAUCAAGUCAGGAAAGUCAAGUAUCCAGAACUUCUGUACAGCCUGAAGAGGAGGGUAUAGUCGAUACAGAGAAUGAAAGUUUUGGAAUACCAAUUCGUAUAAUAAUGUACGCUCCUCAUCUACACGAGGAUGAUCAUUCAAUACGAAGACACGAGUAUUUGGUAUUGAAAACUGGACAACCGGAUUAUCACGAACAUCUUAGUUCUGGUAAGACAAUAAAGAAUGCUGAUGAUCUUAAAGAUUUCCCAAAUGCGGGAAUCAAUAUGGAGAAUCCGAUAGAUAAUGAUACUAAAGAAUCUCUUUAUAAAAUUGAUGAUAAUGGAGAACAGUCUAAAGGUAUCGAGCUAUCUAAAGAAUCAAUUGAGGAACAGCAUAGAAAACACCAUGAGAAAGGGCAAAAGUUAAGUCGGCUUUUAUUUGGAAAGGAUGAGAGUCCUGGAUUCUAUGGAGAAGAUGCAGACUAUUGGAGAAAUUAUGGCAGUGAACAAUCUUAUGAGAGAAUAGAGAUCAUCCGACCUAAUGAUGACCACGAAUAUUUGAAGGUAAAAGAUGAUCUAGAAACUACGAAACAAGACUUUGAACAUUUUUGGACACAAGAUGAAUAUUCGCCGGAACGAACGGACCCUCAACAUGAAUUUCUUGAAGAAAAUAUUAAUCAAAGUAAUUCAAACGAAUGGAUAAAUACAUCCGAACAAAUUGUGCCAUAUCAAGAGAAUAUAAAAGGAUCCGCAGAACAAAAUAAUGAAGAUAAAAAAAUAACGAUAGAUAAUACUGAUCAAAGUCAUGAUAUUAAUAGCAGCGAGGACGAAAUAAGGAAUAAAUUAAUAGCGCAUUAUAGUAAACUAUUUCCCUGGAUAAAUUAUGUUCUAAACAAAUAAAUAAAAUAUAAUAAAUCGAAGGUAAAUAUAUUAAUUAUAAAUAAAUUAUAAUGAGUCUGUCAGAUCUCUGUAUUUUAUUGCAGAUCGUUUAUAAGAUUUAAGAUGUUUGUUCAUUGAAUCAAAUUGUAUAGGCACCAUCUUACCUCAAAUAUAUUGUACAUGUAUGUAUGUAUGUAUAAAAAAGAUUAGAAAUAGUUA